CAACUACAUGUUUGACCUUGAAUUUAAGGAAAAAAAUCUUGAUUUCUUACUAAAAUUCCCGAUUUCUUCUUUAAUUUUCUCUGAGCGUUAAAUAUGAGUGCUGCUGCAGAUCUUAAAAAUCAAGGCAACAAAUAUUUUGCAAAUAGAAGUUUUGAUUCGGCGAUUAAUUGUUAUUCAAAGGCUAUAUUGAAAAGUCCUAAUACAUCAACUUACUUCACAAAUCGAGCAUUAUGUUAUCUAAAAAUGAAAAAGUGGGAUUUAGCUCAACAAGAUUGCCGUCGUGCCUUAGAUUUAGAUAGAUCUUUAGUGAAAGGACAUUUUUUCAUGGGACAAGCAUUGGUUGAGCUUGGCUUGUAUGAUGAAGCUAUUGCAAGUUUGAUGAGAGCAAAUGAUUUAGCCAAAGAACAAAAGUUAAACUUUGGAGAUGAUAUAGCAGGUGCUCUUAGAAUGGCCAAGAAAAGAAGAUGGAAUGCUAUAGAAGAAAAACGUAUUAAAGAGGAAAUAGAAUUACAGUCUUAUAUAAAUAAUCUCAUUAUUGAAGAUAAAAAGAGGAAACUUGAAAAACUUUCUGAAGAAACCUCUGAUCAAGAAAGUUUUACAGAAGUACAGAAUGCAUUAGAAGAAGAUAAUGACAAAAGAAUAAAAGACGUAAAUGAGUUAUUUUCUCAGUUAGAUCACAGACGAAAGACAAGAGAUGUUCCUGAUUAUUUAUGUGGGAAGAUAAGUUUUGAAUUGAUGAGGGAACCAGUCAUUACACCCUCAGGAAUUACAUAUGAUAAAAAGGAUAUUGUGGAACAUUUACAGAGAGUUGGACACUUUGACCCAGUAACUCGCACAGAUCUGACACAGGACCAACUUAUACCAAACCUUGCAAUGAAGGAAGUAAUAGAUACAUUUUUAGAGGAAAAUCCCUGGGCUGAAGAUUAUUGAAAUAUGUGGUGUUUUAAUUAAGUAUCAAAUGAACCAGAGCUUUAUACAUUAAGUAUACUACUCGAGAUUAGAAGCAUUGGGAUCAUCAGGCUUCGUGAAAAAAGCAGGGAUGUUCAGUUUGACAUCAUCAUCAUUAUACUGGUCAUCAUCAUUAUUGUCAUCAGCAUCUUUAUACUGGUCAUCGUCAUUUUUAGCUCACCUGGCCCAAAGGGCCAAGUGAGCUUUUCUCAUCACUUGGCGUCCGUCGUCCGUCGUCGUCGUUAACUUUUUACAUUUUGAACUUCUUCUAGAGAACCACUGAAUGGAAUGAAACCAAACAUGGCAUGAAUGUUCCUUAUGAGGUGCUGACCAAGUGUUGUUACUUUGUAGUGGAUCCAUCAUCCAAGAUGGCCGCCAACGGGGGACUUAGUUUAACAUAGGACCCUAUGGGAAAUAAAUUCAAAUGUCUUCUUUUAACGAGAACCACUGAAUGGAAUGAAACCAAACAUGGUAUGAAUGUUCCUUAUGAGGUGCUGACCGAGUGUUGUUACUUUGAAGCCGAUCCAUAAUCCAAGAUGGCAGAUAGUGGGGGACUUAGUUUAACAUAGGACUCUAUUGGAAAUACAUACAAAUGCCUUCUUUUAGAGAACCACAGAAUGGAAUGAAACCAAACAUGGUAUGAAUGUUCCUUAUGAGGUGCUGACCAAGUGUUGUUACUUUGAAGCUGAUCCAUCAUCCAAGAUGGCCGCCAGCGGGGGACUUAGUUUAAUAUAGGACCCUAUGGGAAAUACAUACAAAUGUCUUCUCUUACAGAACCACUGAAUGGAAUGAAACUAAACAUGGCAAGAAUGUUCCUUAUGAGGUGCUGACCAAGUGUUGUUACUAUGAAGCCGAUCCAUAAUCCAAGAUGGCUGCCAGCGGGGGACUUAGUUUAACAUAGGACCCUAUGGGAAAUACAUACAAAUGUCUUCUUUUAGAGAACCACUGAAUGGAAUGAAACCAAACAUGACAUGAGUGCUGACCAAGUGUUGUUACUUUGAAGCUGAUCCAUCAUCCAAGAUGGCUGCAGCGGGGGACUUAGUUUAAUAUAGGACCCUAUGGGAAAUACAUACAAAUGUCUUCUUUUAGAGAACCACAUACUGAAUGGAUUGAAACCAAACAUGGCAUGAAUGUUCCUUAUGAGGUGCUGACUAAGUUUUGUUACUUUGAAUCUGAUCCUUCAUCCAUGAUGGCCGCCAAUGGGGGGACUUCCUUUAACAUAAGACCCUAUGGGAAAUACAUACAAAUGCUUCUUCUACAUGUUCUAGAGGUGCACUGAAUGGAAUGAAACCAAACAUGGCAUAAAUGUUUCUUAUGAGGUGCUGAUGAAAUGUUGCUACUUUGUUGCCGAUUUACUGUUCAAGAUGGCCACCAGGAUUUUUUAUUAAAUUACAGGACCAAUAUUAAACCAAAUUUGGCCUCACUCAUUAUUAGGGUAUCUGUUAUGAUUUUAAUCUAUUUUUACAUGAUUUCAAAAAACCAAAGUAGAAUCAGGUGAGCGACACAGGCUCUUGAGAGCCCCUAGUUUACUGCAUCACCAUACAGGUCAUUGUCAUUUUUGUCAUCAUCAUCAUACUGGUCGUUGUCAUUUUUGUCAUCAUCAUCAUUUUUGUCAUCAUUAUCAUACUGGUCAUCGUUAUUUUUCAUCAUCGUUCUGGUCAUCAUCAUUUUCCUCAUCAUCAUCAUUCUGGUCAUCAUCAUUUUAGUCAUCAUCAUCAUACUGGUCAUUGUAAUUUUAGUCAUUAUCAUCAUACUGGUCAUCAUUAUCAUACUGGUCAUUCUCAUUUUUGUCAUCAUCAUACUGGUCAUCGUCAUUUUUGUCAUCAUCAUCAUAUUGGUCAUCGUCAUUUUUGUCAUUAUCUUUAUCAGCCCUCUCCUCCUCAGUAUCAUCAUUGUCAUGAUUACCUUAUUAUUAUCAUUAUCAUUGCCAUCAUCAGUCAAUUUUCUAAAAAAAAAAAUCUUUUUAUAGAACUUUUCAAUAUUUUAUCUGAAUCCAAAAAGACUUAUUCAAUCAAAACUUGAAAGAAUCAGAGGGUUGGUAUACUGAUGUUUUUUUUUUACUAAAUGUCUACAGGCUUUAAGCUUAUUGCAACCAUCAACUGAAGAAAUGAUCAUAAAAUUGAUAUAAUAACCCCCCCUCCCUUCCCCUUUUUUGGACAUUAUUUUGUUAAACCAUUUCAAGACAUCAACAUUAAUAUGAAAAGGAAAUAUUGUUAGUUGAGUUUCAUUUUUCAAAUUGAAUAAUUAAUUCCAAGAAUUGAAAUAGUUUUGUCAUAAAUAAUACCUAAAUUGUCUUCCUUCAGAAUAAACUUCGAGUCCUAUCUGACAUCUAAACAGUUAGAUCAGGUACAGUGUUGCCCCUCUGCCCUUUCUCUUUAUAGUUGUAUAUUAUGCAAUUUUGUGUCCCGAAAGAAAAUUAUGAUACUUUUCAAAGCAAAUGAUGGCUUUUAACAACUGAAAAAAGCAUUUUACAACCCCGAUACUUUAAACCCAGCAGUUAUACAUGAAUUUAAUCAAUUAGUUCAAUCUUUUAUCUUUAAACAUGAUCAACUUGUCCUUUUUAGCUCAACUGGCAGAAAGGCCAAGUGAGCUAUUCUCAUCACUUGGUGUCUGUCGUCUGUCGUCGUUAACUUUUACAAAAAUCUUCUCCUCUAAAACUACUGGGACAAAUUUAACCAAAUCGGCCACAAUCAUCAUUGGGGUAUCUAGUUUAAAAAAUGUGUCCGAUGAUCCCACCUUCCAACCAAGAUGGCUGACAUUGCUAAAAAUAGAACGUAGGGGUAAAAUGCAAGUUUUGCGUAUUAUUUUGAAAACCGCCAUGAAAAGAGAAAAUUUGACAAGGGCAAAAAUGUUCAGAAUGUUAAGCUCUACCUAUUUGCUCAUAUAUAAUGAAUUUUACCAUUUUUAAAAAUGUUUGCCUAUUAUCUCGAAAAUUAUAAUAGAUAGAUAGAAAAUUUGAAUGGCAAAAAUGAUCAGCAAGAUAAGAGCUACAAUUAAGUCAACAUGGCUGAAAUCUUCAGUCGACUCCUUAUUAGAGUGAUUGCCUCAUAAUGACAAUUUUUACAUUUUUUUUUGUGUAUUUGCCUAAUAUCUUUAAAACUAUAUUAGAUAGAUAGGAACUUCAAAUAGCAAAAAUGAUCAGCAAGACAAGUUCUACAAAUAAGUCAACAUGACUGAAAUUGUUAAGUCAAAUUCUUAUUGAAGUUAUUGCCCUUUAAUGACAAUUUUUUCCAUUUUUGCCUAUUAUAUUGAAAACUGUAAUAGAUAGAUAGAAACUUUAAAUAGCACAAAUGAUCAACAAGACAAGAUCCACAAAUUACCCAUAAUGGCAGAAAUCUUCAGUCAACUCAUUAUUGGAGUUAUUGCCCUUUAAUGAUAAUUUUUAACAUUUUUUGCCUAUUAUCUUGAAAACUAUAAUAGAUAAAUAAAAACUUUCAACAGGAAAAAUUAUCAGCAGGAUAAGAUCUACAAAUAUGCUAAUAUGACUGAAAUUGUCAGUUAACUCUUAAUAGAGUUAUUCCCCUUUAAUGAUGAUUUUUACUAAAAAGAGUCCAUUGUUGAAGAUGCAGGUGAGCGACACAGGCUCUUUAGAGCCUGUGGUCUAAAGUAUCCUCACUAACAUGCUUUUCAUCCACAAAAUGUGCCCUCUGUCCUUAAAUCAGGAGAAAACAAAACCAACUAAAGACAAAAUAAACAAAUAUACUUCAGACAAUUUCAACACAUGUUUUGUUAAAAUGCAGCCAUUAAUUCCUUUAAAAUUAUUUUUUUUAAAUGUGUAAUUGUGUGAAAUAUAAAGCAAAAAAUUGUAGGGGAUGAACACUUAUUGCAUAACACUGUACCUGUUAUAGCACAGAAAAUUCCAAGAUUGCCCAUUUAGAUUUAUUUCUUGUGUGCAAUCUAAUAUCUGAUAAAUGUCAAGAACUGGUACUAUUCAUAGCACCUAAGGGAUAAAAGGAUAAUGUCCUUGCAAAAUUGAAAUCAUAAGCCAAUAAGGCCUAAUCUUGCUCUGAACAAUCAUAUAAAGUCCAUUUAAAAUGAUAUCUGAUGACUCCUUUCACCAAUGCUAAUGGUUGUAAUUUAAAACAAUGAAGUAUAUGGUAAAUAUGAUUUUAUGUUUUCCUAUCUCUAAGAAGAAACAUUGUAUAUGUAGUCUUCUCUGUAAUGUUUUGUGGACUUAUUUGUCUCUGAGUAUUUCCUUUUUUUGCAAUAACAUUGUCAUUUUCUACUCGUUUCAUAAGUUUUGAAUGUCCCUUGGUAUUUUCUGCCU